GGGCUUGGGUCGGGAUGGCAUCAGGUAUGAGCCUCAGCCCAAAGUUGGGGGACUGAAUAAUGGCCCCAAUGGAGUUUCCGCAAUUACGCAUGCUAUAGCAGUUGAGAACGAGUACCGCCCGACUUCAUUCGUUCUUCGUUUUUCUGGUGUCGGAAUCGGGGAUUUAUAUCUUCACAGUGAGCUCAGCGUCCUCGAAAAUGCUAGCUCGUCUCGCUGCCGUGCGUCUUCGGGAGAUCCGUCAAGUUUUCCGUCAAGCCCCUCAGAUAUCACGAUCCUUCUCCACCGCUUUAAACUACCACAUUGACACUCCGGAUAAUAAUCCGAACCUUCCAUGGGAAUUCACUGAUGUAAACAAGGAGAAGGUUAAAGAAAUAAUAUCUCACUAUCCAUCCAACUACAAGCAAUCAGCAGUUAUUCCACUGUUAGAUCUUGCACAGCAGCAGCAUGGCGGUUGGCUUCCUGUGUCGGCAAUGGAUGCAGUUGCCAAGGUUAUUGAAGUUGCUCCUAUACGUGUUUAUGAAGUUGUGACAUUUUAUUCAAUGUUCAACCGGUCACCGGUGGGCAAGUACCACCUACUGGUUUGUGGCACAACACCAUGUAUGAUUCGUGGUUCGCGAGAAAUUGAAGAUGCAUUACUGAAACAUUUAGGAGUAAAGCGCAAUGAAGUAACAAAGGAUGGUCUUUUCUCAGUGGGGGAAAUGGAAUGCAUGGGAUGUUGUGUAAAUGCUCCCAUGAUUACUGUUGCUGAUUACUCCAAUGGAUCUGAAGGAUAUACAUACAAUUAUUACGAAGACGUUACUCCAAAACGAGUUGUUGAGAUAGUCGAGAUGUUAAGAACGGGAGAGAAGCUACCACCUGGCACACAAAACCCAAAGCGCAUUAAGUGUGGACCAGAAGGAGGCAACACUACUCUGCAUGGUGAACCAAAACCUCCUCCAUGCCGGGAUCUUGAUGCCUGCUGAAGUUAUGCUUGGUUUCUGGCAGAUGCUCAAAAUUCUCAAUUCAUAUUCAAGUUAGGAAAUGGCUUAGUAGUUCCUUGAUAAGCGUGAAUUUAAACAUGUAGUGCGUUCCUCUAUAUGGUCUGGUGGUAUAACAUGAUUCAGGACCAUCAUAAAGAUGAAGAAUGAUUGGUACUUUUCGUAAUAUGUUGCCGCUCCAAGGCAGUCUACUGGUUACAUUAAACUUUCUGAGCUAAUAUUUCAUUUACACUAUA